UGUAAGAUGGCGAUUUCAGCCCUGCUAUCAUUGUUCAAGGAGGAGAUUACAGCAACAUGCUAAUAGGAACUUUAAGUUGUGAUGAAUAUCGUAGCAAAUUAAACGAAUCAGCUAUUACAGGAUAUAAUAUAUUAAAGUAUAAUGGUACUGCUGUUGAAGCUGUUGAAAAGGCAGUUCGUGUUUUGGAAGACAGUGAGUUUUUCCAAGCAGGAUAUGGAUCUGUGGUGAAUGAAGAGAUGGAAGUUGAAUGUGAUGCAAUGAUUAUGGAUGGAUACACCUUAGAAAUAGGUGCAGUAAUCUCGGGUCGACAUUUCAAAAAUCCAGUUCGUGUUUCUCGGCAAAUAAUGGAAAAAACACCACAUUGUGCUCUAAGUGGUGAUGGUGCUUUGAAUUUUGCUCUUAGUAACAAUUUACCUUGUUGCCAGCCAAAAGAUUUGAAGAUUGUAAGCUAUGGCAGGGAUACUUCAGAAUUUGAGCAAUUUAUAGAUAGAUGCUAUCGUGGACAUGGCGAGCCAAGAGAUUCUGUGUGUGCCGUUGCAAUUGAUUCAAAAGGCCACUUGGCAUGCGCUUUGUCAUCAGGAGGCAUUUGGAAAAAAAUGAAAGGUCGUGUUGGCGACGUGCCAUUUGUUGGUUGUGGUGGAUAUGUAAAUGAUAAAGGAGCAGCUGCAACAACUGGUCAUGGAGAGAAGUUGAUAAAAUUGACUUUAGCAAGGCAAGUUGUAUUUGACAUGGAAGCAGGAAAAAAUGCUCAGGAAGCAGCGGAGAAUGCUGUGAACUUACUUGAAACUAGACUGAGUGGAGAUGGAGGAGUAAUUGCUAUUGACUGUAAUGGCAACAUUGGAAAGGCAUUUAAUACUGAUCUCAUGGCUUGGGCAAGCAUCGAAGAUAACACAUUGGAAGGUGGACUGCAAAAAAACAAAUAAGUUACCACUAAGACGCAUCAUAAUAUCUAAGCUCAUCAAUAGAAUGCACGAUACAUUGAUAUCAACUGCGGCAACUUAUUUAUGACCAGCAAUCUCGUUUAUAUAUUUGCACAUGCACGUGCAAUCACACGUACAUAACUAUCGAAAGCACUAUAUGUAUGGUAUAUAGUGGACUAUAUAAAAUAGUAUUUAAUAUAUAUACUGUUUAUAUGGUUUCAUUCACAAAUCACAAUGUAAUUGCUCUCGUUGAUAAAUUUGACGUUCACCAGGUUUAUAGUUUUUGUGGAGGAAAAAGUUUUUGUUUGAUUGUUAAUUAGCCUUCUUCUUGUGAUCUGUGAUUUGAGUUCUAACAUUUCAUGCA